AUGAGGUAUUCACGUUUCCUACAAUUUUCACGCUUCCGCAAAACCCUAACUCAAAACCCUAAUUUCACUUCUCCUCAAAUUUCAAGACCCUACAUUGUUUCACCAAAUCAACACCAAUCUGAUCGAAAAUCCCAAUGCGAAUCUACCUUCAUACGCAAUUACAAUACCGCAUCGCCGGAUUCCGAAAAGGUCUCAGCGAUUGUGGACGAACUCAUGGGAUUAACGCUACUGGAAGUGAUGGACCUCGUUGAUGUGAUGAGAGAGAAAAAGGGAAUCAACGAGCUUCCAAUUAUGAUGUUGAUGGUGCCCGGAAUGGGAAUCAGAGGCUUGCCGAAGGGUUUGGGUGGAGCUAAAGCUGGUGGCGGAGAGAAAGGAGAGGAGAAGAAGGUUGAGAAGACGGCGUUCGAUGUGAAGCUUGAUGCUUUCGAUGCUGCAUCGAAGAUUAAGAUUAUAAAGGAAGUUAGGACGUUUACUAGUCUGGGUUUGAAGGAGGCUAAGGAUUUGGUGGAGAAAGCACCGACUCUUUUGAAGAAAGGCGUGACUAAGGAGGAAGCUGAAACUAUUAUUGCCAAGUUGAAGGAGGUUGGAGCAAAAGCUUCCAUGGAAUAA